AUGAACUCUGCUGCCCAUCUCGGAAAUACCGCUCUCAACGUGGCGAAGCUUCGCGAGGUCGCAAGGAAGGAAUUACCCGAGAUACUAGACAAAGACCAUGGUGUCGAGAAAAUAUACCACCUAGAUUCCGAUACGCUCGACACAGACUGCUCAGGCCUUAUCUACAUUUGCCGUCCCAAACUCAAAUACAUGCGGUAUAUUGCAACCUCGGGACAACGAGUGGAUGUGUGGCUUUUUUUCGUCCCACAGCGAACGAUGAUUUGUGAACGAGUACUGGAAGAAGAAGGCGUCAAGGGCGAUAUCACCAUUGGCGAUUAUGCCUUGGACUGGAUUCCCUAUGAAGACGACUUGAUCUCCAUGGAACUCGAUCCAAGCGUGUGGAAAGAAAUUUAUCUGGAUGGCGACUUGACGUCAAUCUACUAUUCGGCAAAAGCACUGAUGCGAUUGCAGAGUAUUUACGGCUUAUUCCCCAAAAUCAUCGGCAAAGGUGAUGCGGCCAAGCAAUUGGCCGAUAUGCUGUUACGCAUGCGACGAGAACAGACGGUUGUCGAUGAAGUGUCCGCGUUUACCUCUGCGCGAUCGCCUUCACUUUUGAAUACCAUUUCAAAUCAUAUUGAUCAAUUUAUCAUUAUUGAUCGCAAUGUCGAUGUAUUAACACCGCUCUGUACGGAACUCACUUAUGAAGGAUUGAUCGACGAGAUUAUCGGCAUCAAACAUUGUUUGGUCGAACUGGAUGCGUCGCUUGUGAAUCCAUCGCAACCGCAGACUACAGGUGGCAAACCCAACGUUUCCACAGCAACUCCUACACCGAUCACACCAGGUACGGCGGGUCAGCCCGGCAAAAAGAAGAAGUAUGUGCUGAAUUCGUCGGACAAACUAUUCAACCAAUUGCGCGAUCAAAACUUUGCGGUGGUUGGUGGCAUGUUGAAUAAAAUCGCCAAAAGGAUUAAUGAGAAUUACGAGGAACGACAUCAUGCCAAGACAGUAGCUCAAAUCCGCGACUUUGUCGGUCGACUGGAUACUGGUAUCGCAGAACAAAUCAUGGAACAUACGAUUACAGAAGAGUUUAAUCGAAUUUUGGAAGUACAACAAAAUGUGGUGGCGGGAAUUGACGGAGCAAAGGAACCGGAAUAUAUUGAAGAAAUGAUCAACAAGCAGAAACCACUCAUCCAAGUUCUCCGACUACUGUGCCUCAUGUCCCUAGCCCAAGGCGGCCUGAAAGCCAAACUGUACGAUCAGUUCCAACGCGACAUUGUGCAGACCUAUGGUUACGAACACAUUACCACAUUACAACGACUAGAAAAAUUGGGAUUGCUGACGCGAAGAACGAGUUCCACGCCAUCACGAAGCGCGUUUGCACAAAGCCGACGACUGCUACGGUUGAUCGUGGAUGAUGUUGAUGAAUUUAAUCCAAACGAUAUCUCCUACGUGUAUUCAGGCUAUGCACCGCUCAGUGUGCGACUCAUUCAAUGUGCUUUGAAGAAGAUUGGAAACACAUCCGUCAACAGCGGUGUGAGUACCGCGAGUUUACUGAGCUACAUGGGAGGAGGAAGCAGUGCCAAUUUCAACAGCGAUAAAGGGCCCAAUCCUAAAUCUCAGGGCAACGGCUGGCGCGGUUAUGAAGACAUUCUAAAACAACUGCCCGGCAAAUCCUUUGAAAUUCAACAAACCGUCGAAUACGGCCCUGAAACGAAUGCCGCCCUGGCACGCGCCAGACGCCACGGACUGCAGCACGGCAAGACGACGAUUAUUUUCUUCCUGGGCGGAUGUACUCACACCGAAGUUUCUGCCAUACGGCUGUUGGCGCAACAUGAUGAAGGGCGUGAUUAUUUAAUUGCAACAACGCAAAUGAUCAAUGGCAACACGUUUCUUGAACCGGUGCUUCAGGGCACGGCAACGCAGGGAUGUAGGCAUCUGCGUGAUAUCAGGCUUUUCAGAAAGUAA